CUGUGGACUGUGGUGGAUGUUGAAGUGUAUAGAAGACUUUGCAAAGCGCGCGGCGGUGCAAUUCCUUCAUUUCCGUUGCUGGAGAAGCGAAUUAGAUCUUAAAUACGUGAAAUAUAUUUUGACUGAGUUAAAUUUUCGCGGUCAAAAUCGAAAAUAUCGUCAAAAUAUUCGGCUCCUCCGGUGCUUGACCCGUGACGUCACAGACCGGUAACCUUCGUCGGGACACAAUGACUGGAGAUCUGUUCAAAUCGUAGCAAAUAUCGUGAGACAUCGACGCUUGUUUGUGCUAUCCGAGUGACCGCCACCAUGAGUGGGCCGAUCCCGUUCCUGGGCAGUAAAAUUAGCCUCAUCUCGAAAUCGGAAAUCCGCUAUGAAGGGAUUUUAUACACGAUCGACGCUCAAGAGUCGAUUAUCGCUUUGGCCAAGGUCCGAUCGUUUGGUACGGAGGAUCGGCCAACAGAGAUGCCAGUCCCAGCUCGGGAUGAAGUCUAUGAAUACAUUAUCUUCAGAGGGACAGACAUAAAAAAGAUUGAAGUAUGUGAUACUCCAAAGCAGCCAACACUUCCAGGUGGCCUACACAAUGAUCCAGCAAUUGUUCAACACUCUGCUCCAACCGUUCCAUCGUCCUUCCAAGCAGCGCCCUUCUCCCGUCAGUCUCUUGGCCCCAUUGGAGGUGGGUUGGGUGGCAUUUCAUACGGUGCCUACGGACAGUCAAUGACCCAGCAGGGAUUACCUGGAACAGGUGGUUUCCAGAUGGCCUCUACAUCACAGCCCAGUGAGUUAAAUACUGUGGCUGGUGGUAGUGGGGUGGGUAACCUCGAUCAGCAGUCUAACACAGCCCCAGGGGGGCCAGUGCCUGCUCCAAUAGGUGCCCCACCCCAGUCAGGUACUACUGCACUCCAGUCUGGUACUCCUGCACGCCAUCAGGCAGAAAUUAUUGUUGGGUCACGUUCUUCUACCCCAACUGCCCGAAAGUCUCCUGUAUCUGAUGCGGGUGUCCAGGUUUCUCCGCCUCCAAGAGAUGACAAAAAGAAAUCGCCACAAGGGCAAAGACCAAUGCAGCAGGAAGGUGGUCAGAGAAGCAGCAACCAGGUAGGAUCCAACAGAAAGAAUAGCCAGCCCCACCAACAACAGUCGCAGCCAGUGCAGCAUAAUGCCAGCCAAAAUCAGUAUCACAACCAUUAUCCGUAUCAGCAUCAUCCCAUGCAGUACCAAGGCAGAGGUGGUGGAAUGGGUCGUGGUCGUGGGACAAGAAGACCAACAGGUGCUAGAGGAAGGGGUCAAGGUUUCAACCAAGCAAACAGACAGAGACAGUUCCAGGAUCAGCAGAUCUUCGAACAAGAAUAUGAUUUUGAACAGGCCAAUGAGGAGUUUGAAGAAUUGAGGAAUCAGUUGUCCAAGACCAAGAUAGUUGAGAAUGGGGAGAAGAAAGAUGAUUCUGGCCAUGAAACUGGCACUGGAGAUGAAUCCACUGAAGAUCAUUCAACUUUUUAUGACAAGAGCAAAUCUUUCUUUGACAGCAUCUCCUGUGAAGCUAUUGAACGAAGUAAAGGGAAAAGUCAACGUCCAGAUUGGAGGCUUGAAAGAAAGAUUAAUGUUGAGACAUUUGGUGUGAGCUCAGCAAGAAGAGGCUACUUUCCAAGAGGAAGAGGGGGCUAUUAUCGUGGUGGAUAUCGUAAUUAUAACUACAACCAAGGAUAUUACAGGGGGGGUGGUGGAGGCAGUGGCAGUACUGGUUACCGUGGAAGAGGAGGUGCAUCCAGAGGAGGUGUAAAUGGAGUGUCACAACGAGGAGGGGUAGUCAGGAAUUCGACCCCAACGAAGUAGUUGUAAAUAGAAAGCUGCACCAAAACUUAAUCUAAAUUAAUUUUUUUAUUUUUUUAGUUUUUAAGGAUUCAUUGAAAGAAAAGAUUAAUUUGCUUCUUUAAAAGGAUCUAAUCAAAGCUUCAAUGAUAAUAGCAAUUGGACAUUUCUUAAGGGAAUUUGGUAACUACUUAGUACAUUUAAUGCAGCAGUGUAACAGGUGCAGUAUUAUUGAUGAGGUCAAAAGUUCUAAACUGUUAGAAUUAUGCAAGUAAGCUCUUUCUGUUGUAAAGGAACCUCUAUAAUUUUUUUUUAUUUUCUUUGGAAGAGAAAUUACAAAUUGAGAUUUUAUUUAUGGAUGUUGUGCAACAAGAUGUGGAUAUGGUAUCUGGAGUCAGAUAUUGUACAGUUUGAUCAAAGAAUUUAAAUGGAAACUUGUCCUUGUUCAAUUUGGAAAGAAGUGACUGUAAUGGAGGGUUUAGGAUUGAUAAUGGAAACGGAAUAUGUUGGCAUAUAACAAGGGGUGUGGACCAGAUAGAGGUUGGAAAUGGGAAAGAGAUAUGUAUAUAUUGGAGGCAGUGAACAGGAAUGUUUCAAUUUUUUUUUUAAUAGAGCAAUGAGCACUUUCAAUUAUAUUAUUGAGGUACAAGAACCUUCAUCAGUCCAUCCAAGGGCUGUGGAGAGUAGAGGAAGCCCAUCAGAUUACAGUUCCUUUUAUUUUGUAUGGAAUAUGGUUUGUAAAACAUAAAAUGUACAAAUACUUGUAACCUGGUGUAUGGAAACUGAUAGUGCUUCAUGAAGCUCUGCAGCCUGCCACCAAGUUAAUGGAAUGUUGUAACAGUAUUUAUGUCAGGGGGUGGGAAGAUUAACAGUAUUUUAUUCAUGCUACACUUCGAUAAAAUGACUGCAGGCGUUUUAACAAUAAACCCCUUCUUUUGAUAUGGGCAGGCAGCGAUUGCUCCAGGAUGAGAUGAAAUUGAAUUAUUCGUUAUGUGGUUAAGAAUUGAGUGUAGCUCAUUUCAAGGCUUUAAAUUCAUUGUGGUUUGCAGUUUCUGUGAACAGUUACUGUCCCUGGUUUUCAUUGGUCAAGCAUCCGGCAGCAUUGGAUUAAUUACACAGGGAUAGAUAAUGGACAUCCCACCUAAGUCCAAAGGUUUUGUGGUUAUCACCUUCCACAGAAAAAGAAGUGCUUUGAACAUCUAUUUUUACAAUAAACAGGAAAGCACCA